AUCUGCCGUGUAAUAUAUUGCUGAUUAUAAACGAUCGUCUCUGAAAUCGAUAGCACACGAGUCUUCACUUAAAUGCGGUGACAAAACCUGACUGAAGAGAACAAGACCGAGGACGAAAAGGACUUCCGUAAAAUAUAACCAUGCCUGUUGGUGGUAGAGUGGCUGGUAAAGGAGGUGGCGCUUACAGUUCCUCAAACAAUGGUCGUUCCCAGAGUGGAGUGAACGAGACGAUAAUCUGGACAAGUGUAGGGAUGGGCAUCACCAUUACCUUGCUUAUCACAAUCGCCCUCUGCUACAUCGCCCGUGAGAAAUGCAAGAAGCGCCAUGAGCCCUACAGAUGACGAAUGUAUCCGCCUCCCUCGUGGACUCUACGCUACAAUCCGCCCACGGGGAUCGUCGUCAGCCCAACAUUAUCUUCCUCGGGCAGGCCAAGAGCUUACUAUCUAACCAUUUAAAAGGCCACCAUUAGUGAGCUACGUUUUUACCUACCGUGAUCUUCGCCGGCUGCUCAUAAUGAACUAAUUAAUAGAACAACUCAACGUUAUUU